UAGUGGAAUCCCUUUACAAAAAAAUUUUUUGAAAACCCUAACCCUAAUCCUUAUCAAACCCUGAAAAUUUGAUCUUCAUAGAUUUUCAAUUUCGCGAUCUUUCAAGAGAAUAGAUCACCAAAACCCCAAAUUCUGAACUGAUUUCCCAAACCCAGAAACAUGCUUCUUUCUCCAGGCCACUCCCCACGGCAUUUAUCUUCACCGUCUCCGUCUUCGUAUCCCGAUAACUCCCUCGUAACUCCUAAGAGUUCCUCUUCGAUCACCCCACACAAUGCUAGAAAACGACCGGAAGUCGUUGAUGAAGAUACCUAUGUUGCCGCGAUCGAGAAGAUCAUCGAACGGGACUUCUUCCCUGAUAUAGCGAAGCUCCGGGAUCGGCUCGACUGGCUGGAGGCGAUAAAAACAGGUGACCCAGUUCAAAUCCGAGAUGCCCAGUUGAAGAUCAUCGAGCGCCGUGGCAAGAGGGCCAAAACAGCUGACUCUGAAGGUAGAGCUCCCACUCAAACUCCUGGUUCUACUUUUGUGAGGAAUUUUACUCCUUUUGAUGAAUUUGAUGGAAAGACUCCUAGAACCCCGGGUGUCUUGGGUAGGGAAUUUUCUGGUGAGGUAGAGGGUAGAGAUGAUGAUGGUGAGGUUGAUACAGAGCUAUCGUUAGAUGAGUUUUUUAGGAGGUAUACUAGUGAGGAUAACGAGAGCUUUUCAAAGAUUUUAGAGAAGGUGAAUAGGAAGAAGAGGGAGAAGUAUGCAUAUCUGAUAGAAGGAGAGAAGGGGGAAGAUGUCAAAUCCAUUGAGGAUGUUAAGAGGGAUAGGAUAACUGACGGAUAUGGGACCUCUGAUCAGCCAACAGCUACUUUGGAAGGGUGGAAGUAUACUGCAAAGAAUUUGUUGAUGUAUCAUCCUGCUGAUCGUGGUGAGGCCCCAUUGACUGAUGAGGAACAAGCAGUUAGAUUGAAGGGUUUGGAAAAGGAAAUCAAUCGUUCAAAUACCCGUUUUCAUGGCAAAAUGAUGGAUUCUAGGCCCAAAGAUGAUGGGACUGUAGAGGUGCUUUAUACUCCUGUUGCUGGUGCAACUCCAGUGCCUGUAUCAGGUAGAGAAGGGGAUAAAUUAAAGAAGUAUGAUUUGGAGGAUUUGAGGAAGACACCAAAUCCAUUUUAUAUGGAAUCUGGGAAGAAAGCAGAGAAUGGAUAUAGUUUUGUUAGGACUCCAUCACCUGCACCAGGUGUUGAUGAAUCUCCAUUUAUUACAUGGGGUGAAAUUGAAGGGACGCCUUUGAGAUUAGAGCCUGAGGAUACACCAAUUGAUAUUGGUGGUAGUGGUGAUGGGCCUCAAUUCAAGAUUCCUUGUCCACCUGCUAGGGAUGUCAAGGCACACUCCCUGUCAAGAGAAGCUGCUCGUAAAUUGAGGGAGAGGUCAAAGAUGUUUCAAAAGCCACCAUUGCCCUCACCUUAUAGAGGGGGAAGUGCCAGUCCAAGUGUUCGAACACUUUCUCCUGCUGCCCAGAAGUUUGUAAGGAAUGCAAUUGCCAAGUCUUCAUCAUCUGUGGAUGAAACUCUUCGUGCCAGUUAUCGAGGCUCAAGUCCUGGAGUUGCUACUCCUAAAAGUGUGAGAAGUGUUUCACGGUUUGGAAGAGAUGGAAGCAUGGGUUCCAGGUCACCUUCAGUAAGGGAGGGUUCUAAUCCGCCUUGGUAAUUUUAGUUUUGCUGAUGUAAUAAUGAUAAAAUACUUCCCAUGUUUUGGAAGCAUGGGUUCCAGGUCAUCAUCUUGCUAGUUCAUUUUAUUAAUUCUUGUUUGUAGUACUUCCUUCAAGAUGGUUUUCACUGUAUAUGUUUGGUAAGUUUGAUGAAUACAAUAACUUACAAAAGAUUCC